AUGAACAACUUCCUAAAGAAAGCCUGUAACUCUGCUCGGAGAGAACAUAUUAACAAGAUAUCUGAAGACCUAAAGUCUUCUGGAAAUCCAAAACCGUUUUGGAGUUUUGUUUCAUCUGUGCGCAAAGGAUCAAACGAACUUACAGCACCGAAAGUGGAUGAUGUGACCCGAACGGAUGACCUGGAGAUUGCGGAAAGCAUGAAUUCAGAAGAUUAUGGAAAUUUCCCUGAGUAUAGUAAUCUCGUGGAUUCCAAGUUAUCAACUAUCCUUUGCACUACAAACAAGGUUUCUCGCCUCCUGAGAAAUCUUAAUCCACACAAGUCCCCGGGGCCUGACCACCUCCCGCCGAUUGAAAUCGCUCUGACCUUUCGUUCACUUCUGAACAGGUCUUUUUUCGCUGGCGAAGUACCGUACGCUUGGAAGAUAGCUAACAUUGUCCUCGUCCAUAAGAAGGGCAGAAAAGACUGCAGAGAAAGUUAUCGUCAAGUCUCACUCACCUUCAUUGCAUGUAAAGUUAGCGAGACGAUUGUAAAAGAUCGUGUAGUUAACUUCUCGCAAUCCCUAAACGUCUUCAACUCAAACCAAUUUGGCUUCCUUGAAGGAAAAUCAACUCUAACUCAGCGUUGCUUUGAUGAUUGGGCAUCAUCAAGAAAUAAAUCAAGACCCACUGAUGUUAUAUUUUAG